AUGGCUGAUACCAAUCUAGAAAAGGAAAUUUUAAAGGUCGAAUAAAAUAACGAUAACUAAGAAGACCUAAACGAUGCAAGUAAAAAGUCUCUCUAAGAAUCUUUUUAGAAGUUUAGAAAAGAAAGAUAUGAAAAAAUGAAACAUGCAAAAUAUUUAAAAGCUAAGAAAUAAGAUGAAAGGAGAACUGCUGAAUUUAAAGAGGCUUUAAGAUAAAAGUUUAUUGAUUAGUGUAAAAAGUACUUUGGUGUUCCUUACCAUAGAAAGUACUGGACUGAAGGAGAAUCUCAUCAUAAUGCUCCUCUUUAUUUAGAUUGCUGUGGUUUGAUAAGAUAGGUUGUUUAUGAUCUCAGAGAAGACUUUGGAUUUACUCUUGGUAGAUGGAAUCAGGCUUAUCAGUUUGAUGUUUGCCCAAAAGAAGUAAAAUUUGAAGAAAUGAAGCCUGGUGAUUUAAUUUUUUAUUCUGGAACUUACUAUAACGAAAAACUUAAACCUUUCCCUCAUAAGAUGGUGCAUGUAGAAGUGUUUACUGGAGGAGAGACAGGUGAACAAACAAUAGGAGCAAGAUGGCAGAAGGGCUUUGUUUAAUAUCAUGAUAGCUAUAAGUUUGUCAGCAAAAAUUACUAUGAUAUUUAAUUUUAUUAUAGAUCGUUAGAUCCUUGGCUUGAUGGUAUUUGCUAAUCCUGUUGUAAGGAACAUCCUUGGAGAGAUGAUAGAGAUCUUUGGGUUCCAGAUAAAUUUUCAGUAUUUUCAGAUCCUACAUUAGAAGAAAACGAAGAUGCAGAUUAAAAAGAAGAAAUAGAUGAAAAUUAAGAGGAUAAAGAAAAUAGACAAGUACAACAGGCUGCUAACUAAUUGGCAAAAUUCUCUUUAAAAUAAAGUAUUAAAACUAAAAAAGAUGAGUCUAAAUAUGUGUUUGUUGGAAAGGGUAAUAAUGAUAAUCUAAUAAGAAAAUACUUUUCAAAUAUUCCUGGCUACACUUUACUAGAUGCUUCUAAGGCUUUUUCAAAUAAAUAUUUUUUUAAGUGGGUUUAGACAACUUCUGAAAUUGACUUUUUUUCUUUUAAAGAAGCAACCUAAAUUGUAAACCACAUUCCAAAUAUUAACAUUUUUACCAGCAAAGUUGGUUUAGUUAAUUUGCUGAAAUCUUAUGAAGAACAUAAAAAUAUUGCUGAUCUUGAAAUAAGCUCUAAAGAUUUUUUCCCAGAGAGCUACUAACUAGAUAUGAUGAGUGAUGAAAUAGCUUUCCUAACUUAAGAAACAGAUCCAAAUAGCAUUUGGAUAUUAAAACCACAUAACAACAAUAUGGGAAGAGGAAUAAUAAUGAUUGGAGAUAUAGUAACUUUCAAGAGAGAAUUCGUAGAAACAAAGAAAUAUAAAUUAGGAGAAUAUACAACAGCCUACUUGAUUAAAAAAGACAAUUCGAUUGAAGAUAAUUAAAUUGAAUAAUUAUAAAAAAAUAGUAUAUAAAAUGAUAGCAAAGACCAAUAAAGUAGUUCAUUAGAUAAUUAAGAAACAAAUAAAGUUUAAGAAUAACCUAAAUUUAAAUAUGAUGGUAUUUCACAUCACUCUAUUAUUUAAAAGUAUAUUAAAGAACCACUCCUUCUUAAUAAGCGUAAAUUUGAUAUAAGGUGUUAUGGACUGAUUGCUAGUACAAAACCCCUUUUGCUUCUAUUCAACAAAGGAUAUGCUAGAGUAUGUUUGCAGGAAUACUCUUUAGAAGAUGUAGAGAGCAAAAAUAAUAAAUAUUGCCACCUUACAAAUAAUGCAAUUCAAAAAUCUCAUAAAGAUUUUAAAGCACAUAAAGAAGACUCUAUAUGGACUAUUGAGAAACUUUCAGAAUAUGUUGAAAAGGUUUAUUAAUUUGGAUAAGAAAAGCAAAAUGAGAUGUGGAAUCAAAUAAAAAAAAUAAUUAGACAUGUUGUUUUAGCAGGUUAUCCAAAAUUAGAAAAGAAAGUAGGUUAAUACGAAUUACUUGGUGUUGAUAUACUGAUUGACUAGAAUUUGAAACCUUAUUUACUUGAAGUUAACACAAAUCCAGCACUUUUUGUGGAUACUACUAGCUAAGAGAAAGUAAUACCACAAAUGAUGCACAAAGCAUUAGACAUUGUUUUGGCAGUAAAUGAAGGAUUUGAAAAUAUCAAAUAAAAUAUUGAAGAAUUAACAAAUAAAUAAGAAAUACAUCCUUUCGAAAUAAUAUAUUAAUAGAGUUAAGAGUGA